AUUUAGGACCCGGCGGGAUUCUAUCCGGUACAUCCAGGCACAGCUCAAGGCUAGCGACCAUCGGAAUGAAAAUGCCGUCGUCUUUAUUCAGCAUUUCUCUGGUUUCUUUUAUACUGGUUUUUAUUGCGUCACAUUUCGGAGAGGUGUUAGCUGAUGACAAAGAACGAGGAUUUGGGGACCAUAUUCACUGGCGGAGCCUUGAGGAUGGGAAGAAGGAGGCUGAAGCAAGUGGGCUCCCUCUGAUGGUCAUUAUUCACAAGACUUGGUGUGGAGCCUGUAAAGCAUUAAAGCCCAAGUUUGCUGAAUCAAAGGACAUCUCUGAGUUGGCUCACAACUUUGUCAUGGUUAACUUGGAGGAUGAAGAGGAGCCAAAAGAUGAGGCCUUUAGCCCAGAUGGCGGUUACAUUCCAAGAAUACUUUUCCUUGAUCCCACUGGUAAAGUCCACUCGGAGAUCACGAACAAGAAUGGCAACCCCAACUACAAAUACUUCUACAGCAAUGCAGAUCAAGUUGUGGCUAGCAUGAAGGAAGCUCAAGAGAAGCUGACUGGUGAUGCCUUCAGGACCGUUCACAUCGGGGAUGAACUCUAAGAAGGGCAAAAGCAGCAUGGAAAGAUCUUAGCCAGUACACAUUAGAGCCAUCCAUCACCAACCUCAACUCCUGUCAUUUAAUUUGAUCUACUAUAGCACAAGACAAGCUUAAAAAAAUGAAGGAAUUUAUAAUGCAUUUACGGAUUAUAUUUCAAGGUAUCGCAGCUUGCGGUAGAUUGGCUUAUUAUUUUGAGAACCAAAGCAUACUUACUGUCCAUGUCACAUAAUGGGUGCUAAAAGUUUUUUUUUUUUUCAUCAUCUUGCAUUUCAGAAGAUCAAAGCUGACGUGUCCAUAUUGAUUAUUCAUGUUGAAAACAUUUGACCCUCUUGACUGCAUUCUUAAGGCACUCCACAUUUUUUCUGACUAAGAAACACGCCAGUAAGGCAUUUCUCAUGUGCUUCCAAGCCAUAUCUUGUAAGCUGUGGUAAAACUGAUCCAGUUACACAGUCACUUAUACGAAGAGCCUUAUAAACCCUAAACUGUACCCACCUAAAAACUAUGUAUGUUUUCAUGAGCGUACCAGUUCUAUUGUGUUAACGUUUUUAGAAAUGCUAAUAGUAUCUCUUAAACUGGCCAAGUUUUUGUCCUCAAUAUAUGGAGUCGCCUUUAAUUUUAAAUACAGAUUUUUACUAUUGACAGUACCUGUAAUUUAAGGCCUAUAAUGUGAGG